AUGGAAACAGAGCUUGAUGAGGAAAUCCAGGAAGGGCAGAGAAAACUAGAGGAGAGUAGAAAGAGAGAAGAGGAGAGGCAACUGGAUGAGGAAGGAAAGCAGCUAGAAGAGGAGAAACGGAAGAUAGAGGAGGAGGAGGAAAGAUUAGAGGAAGAAAAGAGGAAGUUAGAGAGAAGGAAACGUGAAAAAGAAGCGAAGCAGGAGUUAUCAAAGAGAAGACAGGAAGAAGAGAGACUAGAGAAAGAAAGGGAGUUAGAGAAGAAAAGACUAGAAGAUGAGGAGAAGAGACUGAGGGAGGAAAUCAGACAGAUUGAGGAAAGUGCAGAAGGCAACACAGAAGAGAAACCAGAAGGUAGAAUUGUUGAAUUUGACCAAGUCGAGAAUGGCAUCCCUCUUUUCAUCUGCCUCAACAAGUUCACAAGCUGGUUGAAGAGGAUAGAGAGUGAGAAGAAUGUUGCUUACAAUCGGUCAACGGAUGACACCAAGAAACUCUGUACAUUUGUCACAUGGUCCGACUGGGAUCUUGGUGUUUGUCUACAUUAUGAAUGUCAACGGAAACAACUCUACAAGCCGAGUACGCUCAAUCAUUGGAUUGAUGCAAGGGCCGUCUAUAGGAAUUUCUACCAACGCAAACCAAAAGGUCUAAAUGGUGCUCUCCAGGAAGUUGGUAUAGAGUUCUCUGGAAGACAACAUUCAGGAUUGGAUGAUGCAAAGAACACAGCUAGAUUAGUAUGGAGGAUGAUCCAAGAUGGCUGCCAUUUCAAGAUUACCAAGACAAUUCAAUCGGGUUCUCUGAAGGCUAUUCCUAGGGCACUACCCCAACCAGGAUCAGCCCAGCAACAGACAAAGGAUUCAACAAGUACAACUAUAACAGCUCUGCAACCACCACCAUCUCUAAGAUCAUCUUCAUCAGCAGCAGCAAUGAACACUACACAUCUAACAAGGACUAAAGAAACAACUGAUUCUAGUCACACAGGCGCAUCAUCAGCUUCGUCAUCACUGCCAAAGACAGAAACGGAACCGCCCUUUCGAAGAGUAAAUAAAAGCAAAAGGAAGAGUAAUGGCAGACUCUCCAUAGAGAUCACCAAGAAGUCUUGUCUGGCUUCAGAGGAGAAGGGACAGAAGUCUCAAGGUAUUCCCUUUCACAUUUAUGAAGAUGUGAAGACUGGAAAUGAUAAAGAUGAAUUUGGGAGCACAUGUAAAACAGUUGUGAAGCAGGCCACGUCGAAGUUACAUUCUUUCAAUGGUGACGUAUGCAAUGUAAAAUUGACAAAAGGGGAAACCCCAACCCAUCGGACUAGUGGCAGUACUGGGGAAUUCAAAACACCACCUGCUUGCGCUCUUCCUUUCCAUAAGCAGAACUCCAUCAAAAAGUAUGGCAAGCUUGGAGAGAAGACCAGUCCUGGGGGUCAGUUCAAAACCCCAGAAAGCAGAAAAACUCCUGGGACUGAUGACAUGAAGACACCUUCCGGCUCCAUGAAACCAGGCGUCUGCAUGGCCAAGGUGACACCACCUAUGUGCAAGUGUGGACGUCGAAGCAAGAGACGUGUUGCAGCCCGCCCUGGCCCGAACCAGGGUAGGGCGUUCUACUCCUGCCCGGGUCUGAGACGCGGGAGUGGUGGAGGCCUGAAAGACACCACCAACUCCAAGAUGGGUUGUGGAUUCUUUUCUUGGGAGAGUAUGGUUCUGAAUGACUUAAGAUCGCCAAAUGCAGUGGGUACCCCUGGUUCCUUCACCACCUCAGGGUCGGCGUUGAAGACUCCUAGUCCUCUAGCAAUGGGUUCCAUGCAGAAAGCUAUCUCUUUCAAGACUGGACAGAAGCCAGGUAUGCCGAGGAGAGGGGGCGUUACACCUAUUGGAGUUGGGUAUUCCAACAGUUGGAGGUAGCAUGAAAGGGCUAAUCCACCCUGGUCAGCAAACAUUUGAUCAAACAAGCGGAAGUAUCAACCUGGUGCCGACCUAGAUAUCUACCCAAUUGAUACACCACGAGUCGCGAUUUGAAGUGGAAUAGACGCACGCUUGAGUACACAUCAUCAUCCCAUGCCGCCUAGUCAAUGAGGAAUGAAGCAGGAUUUCAUCCGGAGGUGAUGGCAGGUACGGCGGACAGGAAAAUGUUCCUUGGUAGGCAUCCCUAUGCGGUUGUCAUGCGGUGAGAUGGGGUCUGACGUCAUUGCUGAACGGUUGUCGAUUUCCCACUUGAGAAGACCCAGUUUUACCAUGAGGAGGAAGACAGUGUGAAUGGUGGACUUGGGUUGACGAAUAACCAUGGCAAUACCAUGGUUUGGAAAGUUCACCCGAUGCAGUCUCAUCACGGUGAGGGGUGACCAAGGAUCCAGUUGGCCCAGGGGGGUGGGGGCCAUCGCCAUUACUAGUCGGACAUCAUGCUUGUCCACCAAAACGUGUAAACGGGGGUUUUCACAGCAUGGGUGAUGUAUGCGCAUGCAGUGAAAAGCUUUUGAUGUUUCAACAAAUUUUAAUAUAAAACCAAAUGUCUCUCUCUCACCUUUAAUAACUUUAUCAGCUCCAAUUCAUUUGACUUUGCUGUGAUUUGUUUUCAAAAGAAAUUGGGCAAUGAGAUGAAGGAAAAGUAAAUAUUUCCUUUGCUCGCAUGAAGCAUGGAGCUCAAACAUUUUAUGUAUAUUUUUUUGCAAGAGAAAGAGGUAUUCUCGGAGUUUAUAAAAUGCCUUCCUUGAUAUGAUGAUAGGAUCACAUUUGAUUACAUAAAGUUAGCCAUAAAACUUGCAAAGUUGAAUAUGAAAUCGAAGAUAGAGAAUAUCUUGUUUAUAGUUUAUUCUUUUUAGAAAAAUAGGAAGAUUAACCUGCAAAUCUUCCUUCCUUUUUACCUCUGCUUUUCUCCCCUUUUCCGUUUUUCUUUUGAGGGCGUUUUGGUGGGUGACGACCACCACACCACCCCUUGGCUAUGCGCAUGGUGGCCCCUGGGCCAGUUGGUCAUCCACGGGCCAGAGCCCAAGAGACUUUUACUUCCAUCAUGGGUAGUGUUCUAGCUAGAGACUUGUUAGUGGUGGUUGCAAUUUCAAGGCAAUGAAAAGUUCUCAAGGCCAAUUUGGUUGAAGGUGAAUGAACCUCAUGCAAAUAACUAUCUGACAUUGGCAAAUCUUUGAAAAUGAAUUAAAAAAAUAAUUAAUAUUUAUCAAAUAUAAGAAUAUUUAUUGUAAAAUCUGCAAAGAAAACAAUAUUAAAGACAGAAAGAACAAUUCUUUGCAAGAAGUUGUGUUUGAAACACUUUCACUUGAAAUUAGUGGUGGACGGAAGCAAUGUUUAUCAUGAUGAGUGGUGGUCAGUAAUCUCCUUUGCCAGUUUAACCCAACCACUGCCGACAACCGUAGCUAUAACACUGAUAAUGUAAUGAUGGGGAUGUUCCUGAGGAUGUUUAAAUACUAGACUAGGGUUCAUUGAACGAGACAGGUCAGCCAAUCCUGUUCACCUUCCAUGCAUGCAACAAUGUAACUCUUCUCUGCGAUCUAUUUUUUUUUUUUAACUAUUCAGACAAAAUAUUGUUAAGAACGAGUAAGACAACCUUUGUCUACCUUGCAUGCUGGAAAAUUUGCAUUUUAUACAUUGCAUGUUGCCCUAUGUAGAUUGAUGCUUGAAUGAAUUCUGUUUUAGUAUUUAGCACUUUUGGGGACAUUCUUUUGCUGUAAGGUAGUGUGUCUAGUCAUACAUGUAUAAGGAGGCAGUGGUAUUGAGCUGGAAGCAAUUUUGGAGGGGAAAGGCUCAUUCUUAAUGGGGCACCUAAGGCUGUGAAAAGAAUGGAGAGACGCGUAUUUUAUUUUUUUAAGAAAAUCUAUAGCAAGGGACCAAAGUGACCAUCUUGACACCUUUGCAUUCUCAAUAGUGAAAUUGAAAAAUUUGUCCAGUUUGGUACCCAGUGUUCUAAAUUUAGGUAACGGCAAAAAUUGCCCUAAAAUGUGAUUUCAUAUACAUGUAGAAAUUAAAUUCAGUUCAAUUCAAAAUGGUUUGUUGAGGUAAAAACUUCCAAAGCUUUUACAAUAUAAAAGAUUGAAAUCAUCCAAUGCAAGUUCUGUUUCUUGCCAAAAUUCAUAUAAAUGUAGCAUUACUUUUACGAAGUCAAUCAAUUUUAUGUUUAUGAUCCAAAUAGUGUCCCCAUCAUUUCCCAUCAAAAGAAACUAAACUAGUUUUAGAGGAAAGAAAUACAUGGAAUUCUUAAAACAUGUUAGAUUUAUGUAACAGGCCACAAAGAGUGUCUGGACCCUAAUUUCAUGCAUAAAGUAUCCAUGAAACAGCAAAAUUAAUGGGAUUUUUCAAAAAAUUAACUACAGUUUUUUUAGAUUAUGCUUAUGCCAUGGACAAAAUUUGCACAGUGGAGGGUGGGACAUCCCUCCCGGCUUUAUAAACUACAUGUACUAGAAUAACCAGGCCAAGUUAGGAUUAAUUUGGAUGCCAAGGUGCUUGUUGCAAUGUUUUAAUUCUCAUUCCUCCGAGUGUAACCCUAACCCUUUAUUUACAUUUCUACAUGACUGUGUAGUGAUUUUCCUCUCUUUUUUUUGGGGGGGGGGGGGUAGAGGGGGUUGUAUCACUUUUGCUAGAAUUCUGAUUUCAGGGAGUAAUCUGUAAUACCUUGCAGAAAAGAAAUAAAUGGAUGAACGUGUGAAUUGAAGGAUGAAUGAAUAAAUGGAAUGAGUGACUUAAUGGAAUGAAUGACUGGAUGAAUGAAUGGA